CUUCCGUUCCAUAUAACGGAUUCCGUGCUCUCUCCCGAACUUCAGCUGCUCCCCACCAGCUCUGAGGCCGGGUCAGCACAUCACGUGCGCCGCCAACGCGCGCCUGCGGAGCGAGGCAAGGGAAGCCAUGGCCGAGGGCGCAGAGCUGGUGGGGGAGAGCGCCCACCAGGACAUGCCGCGGGUGGUCGCCGCGCUCGCCGGCAUCCUGGAGCGCGUCGCGGGGCGCAACGACGCGGCCGCGACGCCCGCGGAGCUCGCCGCGGCGCCGGCGUCGCCGUUCCGGGCGACGGCCAAGCCGGGCAUCUCCGUCCGCGCGUACGCGGCGCGCAUCGCGCGGUUCGCCGGGUGCAGCCCGGCGUGCUACGUCGUCGCCUACAUCUACCUCGACCGGCUCCUGCGCCGCGGCCGGCGGUGCCUCGCCCUCGCCCUCGCCGUCGACUCCUACAGCGUGCAUCGGCUCCUCAUCACCGCCGUGCUCUCCGCAGUCAAGUUCAUGGAUGACAUAUGCUACAACAACGCCUACUUCGCCAAGGUCGGGGGCAUCAGCCUGGCGGAGAUGAACUACCUCGAGGUGGACUUCCUGUUCGGCGUAGGGUUCGACCUGAACGUGACGCCGGAGACGUUCGCCGACUACUGCGCCGUGCUCCAGUCCGAGAUGCUCUGCGCGGCGCCGCCGACGAGGCUGCACUACUGCUGCCUGUCCGAGGACGAUGCCGGCAGCAGCAGCAGCAGCUCGCUGCGUGAAGCGGCCAUGGAAGCAAGCUAGCAUGUCACACUGCGUACAUACAUGUGAUCUGUCCUACGUGCUGGAGUAUUAGUUAGUGUGGCAGUUGCUUUGAUUAGUUUAGUUAGCCUGCUAGCUAUAGUAGCUAAUAGGUGGUCGAUCGCCCUCUCCUCCUGCAUGAUGCGUACAGCAGUGCAUUCUUGCUGUGCACUCCUUUGUUCUUUUUCUUUUUUUCUUUUUUUGUUUCGGUGUGUACUAAUGGUGUAGAUCAGUGAAACAUUUAUGCAAUUUGAUCCUAUGUAAAUUUUGAUGGAAAAAGUAAUUUUCAAUCUUGGAAGUGAA